AUGGCUCAACAAGACGCUGUAUAUGCAACCGAUGAGUAUGGCCGACCGUUCAUCAUCCUCAGGGAGCAGGGAAAGAAAACAAGAACUCAUGGUGUAGAGGCAAUCAAGUCGCACAUUCUUGCGGCACGGACAGUGGCAAACAUCAUCCGGACUUCACUAGGACCUCGAGGCUUGGAUAAAAUCCUUAUAUCGCCUGACGGCGAGAUCACUGUGACGAAUGAUGGUGCAACUAUUUUGGGACAGAUGGAGGUCGAGCAUCAAAUUGCAAAGCUCCUCGUACAGCUGUCCAAAAGCCAGGACGAUGAGAUCGGGGACGGGACCACUGGUGUUGUCGUACUGGCUGGUGCACUUUUGGAGCAGAGCGAAGAUCUGCUAGACCGCGGUAUUCAUCCCAUCCGUAUAGCAGACGGCUUUGACCGGGCCUGUAGUGUUGCCUGCGAGAAGCUCGACAGCAUCUCAGAUCGUGUCGGAUUCUCACCUGAAAACAAAGAAAAUCUUAUCAAGACCGCGACGACCAGUCUAGGCAGCAAAAUCGUGUCGAAGGAGUUGCAGCAGUUCGCUCAGAUUGCGGUUGAUGCUGUUCUAACAGUUGCAGACCUUGAACGCCGUGAUGUUCCCUUUGAUCUUAUCAAGGUUGAUGGCAAAGUUGGCGGCUCCCUUGCCGACACGACGCUAAUCAAGGGCGUUCUCAUUGACAAGGAUAUGUCGCACCCACAAAUGCCCUCUUGCGUGCGCGAUGCACGCCUCGCGAUUCUCACCUGUCCCUUUGAGCCUCCACGACCCAAGACUAAGCAUAAGCUCGACAUCACGUCUGUAGAGGAGUUUAAGCAACUCCGGGAAUAUGAAAAGGGGAAGUUUGAGGACAUGAUCAAGAUGGUGAAGGACACUGGGGCGAAUUUGGUCAUUUGCCAGUGGGGCUUUGAUGACGAAGCCAAUCACUUAUUAAUGCAGAAUGAGCUGCCUGCCGUUCGAUGGGUUGGUGGGCCAGAAAUUGAGCUGAUCGCCAUAGCCACACAAGGUCGAAUCGUCCCCCGAUUCGAGGAUCUUACGGCGCAAAAACUUGGGAAGGCAGGUAUCGUGCGGGAGGUCACGUUUGGCACAACCCGCGACAAGAUGCUCGUUAUUGAAGAGUGUGCCAACUCCCGCGCCGUCACAAUAUUUGUACGCGGAAGCAAUAAAAUGAUCGUCGAUGAGGCAAAACGUGCCCUGCACGAUGCUAUUUGCGCAGUCCGCAAUCUUGUCGUGGACAACCGCGUGGUCUAUGGGGGUGGUGCUGCGGAUAUCAGUUGCUCCAUCGCCGUGUCGAAAGCCGCUGAUGAGAUCCCAUCCAUUGAGCAAUAUGCGAUGCGCUCCUUUGCAGCUGCUCUCGACGCAAUCCCCCUUGCACUUGCAGAGAACAGCGGUCUCUCGCCAAUCGAGACAUUGACAGAAGUCAAGAGUCGACAGGUCACAGAGAAGAACUCCAGGCUUGGAAUUGACUGUUCUGGAAAGGGGGAGAAUGACAUGAAGAAGCAGUUCGUUUAUGACCCUCUGAUUUCGAAGCGACAACAAUAUCUACUCGCCACCCAGCUGGUUCGAGCAGUUCUGAAAAUAGACGAUGUUAUCGUAUCAGGGGAAGCAGACGAAUAG